GAAUGUGUAUAAAGAAGAGAUCUAUCAGUUUUACAUUGAAGAAGAUCAUACGCUUACGGACACAUUGAUUACUUUCGAGCAGAAAUAUGGACUUUGAGCAAGUCUGCGAGAAUGGAAGAAGAAGAUCCGAGAGUGGAGCAUGGAUAAGACCCCUCGGACAGAGGAAAUGCUAUCCGUCCCGGGCGACAAAUCACAUAACCCCUCUUCUGAUGUUGAUGAGCUUCUCAAACACAAGACGCACUUGACUCGAGUUGUUGGUAAUAAGACUUUGACUUAUGUUCUGAACGUCGCCCAAGAACCUGACAGAGCUCGAGCUUGUGGCUCUGGCAUAAAACUGGCGACCGAUCGACAUCCGGUAGAUCCUCCUCCUGUUGUCGUCCUGAGCAUUCUCGAACGUCGAGGCGACCAACAAGUCGAUAUUACUUCCUCCUACAUUGGCACAUUUUUCAUGCAUGCAACGCUCGAAGCCGACACAUCUACAGUGCCUGUGCGAUCUUAUACGAAAGCGACGCACAAUCGAGGCACUUCUGAGAUAGCAGUACUUGCAGGCUGUCCUGUCACUACAGGUACCUACUUAGAUCGUCCAAUACAAGCAAUCUACUUCGUUUUUUCUGACCUUUCUGUCAAGAAUGAGGGAAACUUCAAAUUUUCAUUCAAUCUCUAUGAGAGAUGCCUGGAAGAUAGCAAUACUACAUUGUAUGACGUCGACAUGAAGAGUUCGGAAAGAGCAGAUUACAAGAAUGCAGCAAGUCCACAAGAUGAUUUCAUUUGGCGGAUUGAGCUCAAUUCCGCUGUGUUUACUGUGUUCAACGCCAAAGACUUUCCUGGCAUAUCAGAAAGUACGACAUUGACCAAAACAUUGUCCGAACAAGGUGUUCAAGUCAAAACCAGGAGGGAUACGAGAAUGGGGAGGAGGGGGAGCAAAUCACUAGACGACUUCUCUUCACCCCGUAUUGAAGAUCCCACCACGGACGAACCUCUUGAAAACUAUACAGAUGAUGUGGUACGGAAUGAUUCCACCUGUGCUUCACCGAAGCGUUCCAACUAUUUCGGAAAUACCUCCAAAAACCGGCUCAUUUCCCCAGUUUCUAAGAGCUUCACUCAAGCUGGUUCCAUCCACUCCUCCACUCCACGCAUCAAAAUGGAGGACCACCCAGACUUCGUUGGACACGACACUAUGAUGAUGAGCACCCCACAAUUGAGCCAUAGUAUCAUGGUUUCGUCCGCUAGCCCUUACGCUAGAAGCCUCGAUGCAACUUUCUACGAUCAACCACCCAUGAGAUGGCCAAAGAUGGAAUAUGGCAACCCUCUAGAUCUACCUGGGAUCUCUUCUCUACCAAUUCCACAUUACGAGAGACGUUCCGAGAGUCCAGAGAGGGGCACAUCCGGCUCCCAAGCUCAACGACACCCUGCUUUCGAUCAAAAUCUUUUCUCGCGGUCCAAAAGAUCGCCAAUCGAGACCAAAAACUCGCUUCACUUCCGUUCACAUGGGGAGGAAAUGGGCCAGCGUCUACUCAGCUCUGGGAUGAACUUUAAAAUCUUCACUGGCAAAUAUUCCACUCUCAUUGCCAAUAAAGGCGAGGAGCUACGAAAGGUUCAGGAUAUUGGAACCGACCAGAACCGAGAAGGGGCCACUAUGCGCUCCGCAUGUGUCCAGUGUCGAUCCAAGCAUCUCAAGUGCGAUGGCUUGAAUCCAUGUUCGAGAUGCUCUUCCAACAGCUUUGAAUGCGUUUAUGUGCGAAGUCGUCGAGGGUUCAAAGGCCCCCGCCGGAAUGACGUUGUCAGUAAAAUGACAGCUACCUCAUCUCUGGGGCAAUUAGAGGAGUCAUUGCGUGAGCUGCAGUCAAGGCUCAGCACACAAAAGAUACCAGAGAAGAGGAGUCUGGGUCUGCUUGAUAGCCGUGGUCUUAAAGAGCAGAGACAAGGGGCUGCAGGAAUGACGCUCAUCUUCAAGUCUAAAGAUCUACCCGAUUUCGAACUUGCAGUCGAGCUAUCUACUAAAGUUGAAAUCAUGCUGGAUGCUUUCAGAAGAGGCAACGAUAUACCGGACAACACGACAAUUACUUUAUAUCACGAUGGUGAAGAGCUGGAACUCUCCGACACGGUUCAAAGUAUGGUUAUGGGGAACAUGGAUGUGGUUGAGGUUCAUAUACGGUAAUCUAAAAUCUGGUCGACUGCAUUUCGAAGCCAUACUCACCAUUCGCUUUAGUGAAGCGCCUAGAACUGUUACCGCGACCAGACCCACCAGACAAAAACUUAUCCAUCUUAACAUGCCAGAAAGUUUAAUCUGGGCAUUGUUCGUGAAAAUUCUCCCACCCAGCUUUGCGGUUCCGACAACGCCGUUAGCUAUUGUCCGCACCUUCCAAACAACCGCACGCACCAAUCGCGAGCCUCUGUUGCACCUGGUCAAGCGGUCGGCGCAUACUUGGUGGUGUACUUA